AAAUAGGUUUCUUCCCUUUCAUUGGCCUGCGUCGAACAGCGCAUAGAACUUCCCUCACGAGCAGCCAUUUUCUUCGAACACUUGAAAGUACAUUUUUCACUUCCAAUGGCGGCUAGAAACUCUCUGUUGAAGCAUCUUAGGGUUCAUGUCAAGGCCCUGCCCCAUACCAACAGCCCCGUUCUUUACGUCAAUCCCUUCAAUGCGAUUCGAUGCCGUCUCUUUUCCGAGGAGGUGAGAGGUUCUUUUCUCGACAAAUCAGAAGUCACCGACCGCGUCAUUUCCGUUGUCAAGAAAUUUCAGAAGGUGGAUCCCUCCAAGGUUACUCCAACGGCCCAUUUUCAAAAUGAUCUAGGCUUGGAUAGUUUAGAUACCGUGGAAGUUGUGAUGGCUCUUGAAGAAGAGUUCCGGUUUGAAAUUCCUGACAAUGAAGCAGACAGAAUCAAUGCUAUCAAUCUUGCUGUUGAUUUUAUUGCCUCUCACCCUCAAGCAAAAUAGACGAAAGCUACACAUGCUUUCACUCAGGUUUCUCCUAUUUCGAUGAGAAAUUAGCUACCGUUAGAUUUCCCUUAUCUGUCUCACUGUAUUUUUGUUGUUGGUUUUCCGUUUGUUAUCCUAAAUCUUAUUCAAGAGAAUGAUAUUGGGCUGAGCCAGCUUCAAGCUGCAUGAAUUGAGGCAGACUGCUUUUGGCUUUGCUGAAUUGAUUGAGCAUAUAUUUCAAUAAUGAUUUUAUGAGCUGUUCCUGUGAACUAGUUGAACUUGUAUUAUUUAAGUUGAAGUUAAAACUUUUUAUCUGAAUCUUAUAAAAUUGUAUUCUAAAUUGCCAACUUGAGCAUUGCUUAGUUGGUUGAAGGCAUGUCUUCGAGCAAGAGUGUCAUAUAUUAAAA